AUGGGCAACUCCUCCGAAGAACUUUUGGGAUUGGUGUUUCCUGCCGCUGGCGCCACAUCUGAUGACCUGAUUUCCAUUUCCUGCAUAGCCGGCCAGGCGGGCUCAAGUGGCGGCACCGGCCAAUGCGUGAAGGCGUUGCGCCGCGAGAUACGCGACGUGAGACCAAGUCUAGGUACCCUUUGGCCGGUGGCCCCAUACGAGAGAUACAAGGUCGUCUCGUCUUAUAUAUCCAGGUACCCAGGGAGGACCAGACCGGCGCUGUGA